UUAUAAGUACCCUUUCCUGCAGUUAGUGUAGAAACCGUUCACUUUCAAGCAUAUUGAUAUUUGAUACAGCCAUGGCUGCAAUAGGACUCCUCACCCUUCUCUUGGCCCUCCUCGUUUCAGGUACACACCAAGCCACAUUCACAUUCAAAAACAAUUGUGGAUACACAGUAUGGCCAGGGACAUUAACAGGAGGAGGAUCAAGUCAGCUAUCAUCAACAGGUUUCAAGCUUUCCCCUGGAGAAUCAUCAUCACUAGAAGCACAAGCCCCAUGGUCAGGCAGGUUCUGGGGUCGUACAAUUUGUUCCACAACUAACAAUUCCUUCAAGUGUGCCACUGCUGACUGUGCCUCAGGUGACAUUGCUUGCAAAGGUGCAGGUGCAAUUCCACCAGCCACCUUAGUAGAAUUCACUAUAGCAACCAACGGCAGCCUAGAUUUCUACGAUGUUAGCCUCGUCGAUGGCUUUAACUUGCCGAUGUCGGUGACACCACAGGUUGGGGAAACUAACAGUACUUGCCAAUCAGCUAGUUGUCCAGGUGAUGUGAAUUCUAUUUGCCCACCAGAGUUGAGUGUUAAUGGAGCAAAUGGGAGAGCAAUGGCUUGUAAGAGUGCUUGUGAGGCAUUUCAAGACCCUAAGUAUUGUUGCAGUGGCAAUUAUGGAUCUCCAACAACCUGCAAACCAACAAAUUAUUCUAUGAUCUUCAAGAAACAGUGUCCUCAAGCUUACAGUUAUGCCUAUGAUGAUAAGACUAGUACAUUUACUUGCACUGGUGCCAACUACCUCAUUACUUUCUGUCCUUGAUGUAGAACCAUUGAUUGAAAAGUAGAAUAGGUUUUUCCAUUUGUUUCAUUUGGUAAUGGUAUGCACCUAAGAAGUUAUUUGAAGAUUAAUGAUACUCUUCGCUAUCAAGUUUAUGUAAGAAAUUUUUUCAAAUAAAUAGCAGAAGCAGUUCAAGAACUCA